AUGGACUCCAUCGACACACACGUACUUACGGUUGCCCCGGAUACGCACGCGCAAGAGAACGAUGCACUUCACAGUGCGCGAGGCACACAGCAGGACCAGGAGGACGCGAUCGUCGCCGGUGCUGAGCACGCGAUGAUUGCGCAGCGUGCACUCCCCGCGCUACAUCUGGACACAGCGCUGAACGACGUACUCACAAGUAUUCCCCUUAGUUUCAUCGACGACUCAGUCUACAGUAUUGAGAAUACGCGCGUCGACCGCACGGACGGCCCCCCUUCAUUGAUCGACAUGCGCCCAACGGGGUUCGUUUUUCUCUCACAUCUGGACCUCGCGGAUAUCUCGGCGACCCCACCCCUAUCACGUUCCCCAUCCCCCGAGUACACGCCAUCAUCACCCGUCUACAUUCCCUUGUCACCGGUCCUCUCGUCGCCCCCAUCACCUCCAUCAUCCGCGUGCGCGUGCACGCACGAGGCUGACUGCCAUGCGAUGCGAGCAUGCAAUCGCCCACUUCUGCUUCCUCGUUCCACUCUCCCUGUCACCCAUGACCCCGACACUCGUAUCUGCAGGCCAACGCACCCGCCCAGCUCCCAUGCGCGCUGCACAUCUCCAGACUCGUACGAUGGCGAUGACGACUUACCAGGUUUAGUAAGUGUCUCGCGCGGUAAUGACAGUAGCGACAGCGAAUCGGACAUGGACCUCAAGGAUGACACGGACGACGACGAUAACCAUUUACAGUCGGAAUGCGAGCGCGAGGAUUUGAUGCACAAGUGCGUCGAGGAAAUUCUCGUCGAGGCCAUGCGCGAUGUCACUGAAGAAGUCGUUGAAUAUGGAGCAGGACCCCCCAUCAAGCACUAUGCACCAUUUUCCUUUAUCUUUAGCUACUCGCGGUCCUUCAUCGCUAAGUAUACCCAGUCCUAUGUCUGA